CGUAUCGUGUUAAAAUGGAAUUCGUGUACUUGACCCCAGGCGGCGCUCUGUCGGUUGCUUUCGUGGACCAAUCAAAUUCAAACAACAAUUCUGACGUCGACCAAUCCGAGAAAUCCACGCUUUGAUAUCAGCGCCUCAAAUUGAGGUGCGAACAGUAGAGAAAAGUUAGUUUUUCAGUGAACGCAGAACCAAGUGGAAGAAUCAGUUAAUAAUUUGCCUAUUUUUGGUGUUAUUUCUGUGAAAUAUUGGUGGUAAACCAGUGGAAAUAGUCCUUUAAACAUCACACUGUGGAUAUAUUGUGUAGAUUUUGUUGAGAAUUGCUGGAAAUUGAGGCACAGAGCCCAAAAUGAGAAUACUGAGAUAUUUGGCCAUCGUGGCCUUUGUCAGCCUGGCGCUGGCUGAGGAGAAGAAGGAGAAGGACAAAGACAUUGGCACAGUUGUUGGCAUUGAUCUUGGAACCACGUAUUCAUGUGUUGGAGUAUACAAGAAUGGUCGUGUGGAAAUUAUUGCCAAUGAUCAGGGAAAUCGUAUUACACCAUCGUAUGUGGCAUUUACGGCUGAGGGUGAACGUUUGAUUGGUGAUGCUGCUAAGAAUCAAUUGACGACAAAUCCGGAGAAUACUGUCUUUGAUGCUAAACGUCUGAUUGGGCGUGAAUGGACGGAUUCAACGGUGCAGCAUGAUGUUAAAUUUUUCCCAUUUAAAGUGAUGGAGAAGAAUAGUAAGCCACAUAUUCAGGUGGCAACGGGAUCGGGGAACAAAGUGUUUGCACCUGAGGAGAUAUCUGCGAUGGUUUUGGGCAAGAUGAAGGAGACAGCUGAGGCGUAUUUGGGCAAGAAGGUGACACAUGCUGUUGUAACUGUCCCAGCGUACUUCAAUGAUGCUCAGCGUCAGGCUACGAAGGAUGCUGGUGUUAUUGCUGGACUCAAUGUUAUGAGGAUUAUCAAUGAGCCAACAGCUGCGGCAAUUGCGUAUGGAUUGGAUAAGAGGGAUGGAGAGAAGAAUGUAUUGGUGUUUGAUUUGGGUGGUGGUACUUUUGAUGUGUCCCUUUUGACCAUUGAUAAUGGGGUCUUUGAGGUGGUAGCUACAAAUGGUGAUACCCAUUUGGGUGGUGAGGACUUUGAUCAACGUGUUAUGGAUCACUUUAUAAAGUUGUACAAGAAGAAGAAGGGUAAGGAUAUCCGGAAGGAUAAUCGUGCUGUGCAGAAAUUACGUCGUGAAGUUGAGAAGGCCAAGAGAGCACUGUCCGGAAGUCAUCAGGUUCGCAUUGAAAUUGAAUCAUUCUUUGAGGGAGAAGAUUUUUCAGAGACACUGACCAGGGCUAAAUUUGAGGAGCUCAAUAUGGAUUUGUUCAGGUCAACCAUGAAGCCGGUGCAGAAGGUUCUUGAGGAUUCGGAUAUGAGUAAGAAGGAUGUGGAUGAAAUUGUUUUGGUUGGUGGUUCUACGCGUAUUCCCAAGGUGCAGCAAUUGGUGAAGGAAUUCUUUGGCGGUAAGGAACCAUCCAGGGGCAUUAAUCCCGAUGAGGCUGUUGCCUAUGGAGCUGCUGUUCAGGCUGGUGUACUGUCGGGAGAACAAGAUACCGAUGCCAUUGUCCUGUUGGAUGUCAAUCCACUGACAAUGGGUAUUGAGACUGUUGGCGGUGUCAUGACUAAACUCAUUCCACGUAACACAGUUAUUCCCACCAAAAAGUCCCAGAUCUUCUCAACAGCUUCGGACAAUCAGCACACUGUCACGAUUCAGGUCUACGAAGGAGAACGUCCAAUGACCAAGGAUAAUCAUUUAUUGGGUAAAUUCGAUUUAACGGGCAUUCCGCCGGCUCCAAGGGGUAUUCCACAGAUUGAGGUGUCGUUUGAGAUUGAUGCCAAUGGUAUUCUUCAGGUGCAGGCUGAGGAUAAGGGUACAGGCAAUUCUGAAAAGAUUGUCAUUACCAAUGAUCAGAAUCGUCUAACGCCCGAAGAUAUUGAGCGAAUGAUUAAGGAUGCUGAGAAAUUUGCCGAUGAAGAUAAGAAACUCAAGGAGCGCGUUGAGGCAAGGAAUGAACUUGAAAGUUAUGCCUACAGUCUAAAGAAUCAAUUGGGAGAUAAGGAAAAACUAGGAGCUAAAGUGUCAGAAGAUGAGAAGAGUACAAUGGAAGAGGCUAUUGAUGCCAAAAUUAAAUGGUUAGAAGACAAUCAAGAUGCCGAUUCGGAAGAUUUUAGGAAGCAAAAGAAGGAACUUGAAGAUGUUGUUCAGCCAAUUAUUGCGAAAUUGUACCAAGGACAGGGAGGUGUUCCACCAACAGCAGGAGAUGAUGAUGAUCUCAAGGAUGAACUGUAGACAUCGUAGACAUAGGUGAACUAAUUACAAUUAAUUUAAAAACAAAAAAAAAAGAAAAUUAUAAAAAAAAAGAUGCAGAGAAAGAAUUGAGAAGUGAAUGGCAAAAAAAUGCGCGAGAAAAAGUGAAGCCCAAGUUAGAAUUAAAAAAAAAAUAAUAAUCACAGCUAAUUAUUUAUUACUGUCAAAGAAAAAUAUCAUUCUCUUUUAAAUUGCUUUAAUUCUCUGCAAAAAGAAUGUUUCAUCGUUUUUUUUUUUUUUUUAAAAUUCUUUGUUAAAGAAAAAAAAGAUUUUGUUGGUCAUCGACAUUUAAGCUGUGCAUCUCUUACAUUUUCCAGUGUACUAUCUCCACAUUUUUAGAAGACGCUAGCAGGAAAAAAAAUGAAUAUAAAUUAUAUUGAUUAAUUGACUGAUUGUGUGCGUGUGAUUUAUUAAGAUUACGUAGCGACUGUAUGAGGUGAAUUUUAUAAAUAAAAAUAAAAAAGAAUAGAAA